AUGAACGGGGAGCAGACUGAAACCACAUUUCAAGUUCGAGCGGACGUAUCAGUCGGGAAAGGUGGGUAUUGCUCAAUACGGGAAGUACUCAUAACUUCAUCAAGAGUAGUGUGGCAGAGAAAAUGGGGUUCCUCAUUACACGCAGACCUGGACGUUCUCGGGAUUUGUUGGCUAAACGCAUUGGGAUGCGUGGUUUGGGAUGAAACAAGCAAAACAGUAGAAAUUCAAAUCCCAUCCGCGAUGAUAAAAUGGCAUGGAGAGGCAGCAACAAGAGGGAGUGAAGCAACUGCUUUGAAUGCAAUAAGCAAUGGGGCUGACCACUUGGAAAAUUAG